CUGACGCAUUCUCCUCUCUUCAUACCGGGAUUUUGGAGUCGUAACAGCAGCCAACAUGAGCUCCGUUACCAUCAUGUCGGCCCCGGUCGUAUCUGUCCGGAUUAGCAGUAGCCUUAACACCUUCACUGCCGAAAAGAGGUUGGACCGGGGCCUCACUCUGGCCGAGCUAAAGUGUAAGCUGGAGCUAGUGGUGGGGUCCCCGGCGUCAUGUAUGGACCUCCAGCUGUACAGUGCAGACAAUACAUUCCUUCAGAACCUGGACCAGGAUGAUGCAUUGCUUGGGUCCUACCCUGUGGACGACGGCUGCAGGAUCCACGUGAUAGAUAAGAGUGGCGCGAGGAUUGGGGAGUUCGAGGACCUCUCCAGGGUGGAAAAAUUUGAGAUUUCAAAGGAAGCCUAUGAGAAAAGAACAGACUCCGUACGCUCCUUUCUAAAGAAGAACAAGCUGGGGAAGUUCAACGCAGAAGAGGCAGCUCAGGCCAAAGCAGAAAACGAACGCAAGCUGGAGGAAGAGAGGGUGGCAGCCGAAUCCGUUACGUCAGGAGCGCGGUGCGAGGUGCGGGUGCCCGGCCAGCCGACUAAAAGGGGGACUGUCAUGUAUGUGGGUUUAGCCGACUUUAAACCAGGAUACUGGGUUGGUGUAAAAUAUGAUGAACCUCUUGGAAAAAAUGAUGGAAGUGUUGAGGGGAAAUCCUACUUCACAUGUUUGCCAAAAUACGGUGCGUUUGUCAAACCGCAGCACGUGUCGGUCGGAGACUACCCGGAGGAAGAUUACGGCUUGGAGGAUGAGAUGUGAUGUUCCCGCGCUGCAUCGACCGUAUCAGUGCCUCCCAUAACUUCCGUGUCUUUAAUAUCUGAGCUUUCUCUCCCCAGCCAGCCAUGUUUCAUACGCUCCUGCAUAUUAGUACAGUGAUAAUGGUAGAUCCGUGUGUAGGGGGAGAGAUCAUUCAUGUUUCACUUGCUUACAGUAUCCAUAAGACAGCAGUAUCCAUAAUUUGGUCAUAAGUAAAUAUGAUUUCACAUCAGCUGUUUAUCUGUUGAAAGCAUUGAGCGAUGAUGUUUUACACGCUCUGUUUAUGCAAAAUAACCAGAAUUCUGAAGGUUAGUUGCACUUAUCUAGCAUCGGUGGUCAUCCACGUACUACUUCGUGUACACUCCACCUUUAUGGGAUGGGGCAUCUGGCAUGGGACAUGACUCCCAUAGUGCUCAGCCAGAUUGUCCAUCCCUCUUAAUCGUCUUUGAAAUAAAAUACUAUAAUAUAAUUAUUACCCAGGAGAAUCUCUGGGUCUUGCAGUGGAUUUUGCAGUACAUAAGCCUUGAACGAAAGACCUACUUUUUCAUAAAAUCAUCAAUUAUAAGACUAAUGAACGUUUCCCCCCAAACGUAACCGAUAAUUGGGCAGUACAGGCAAUGCGGUAUGUAUGUUAUAUAUUAAUCAUGACUUUUUUUUGUUUGAAUUUGUGGGCCUUAGUGAACUAUGCAUUAAUAUCAGAGUAAUGCUCUGUUUUCACCAGUAAAUGCAGAUCUUACUGCAAAGGUGCGCAGCUUCUGAUGUAUUUAAAACCAUUAAUAAAAGUUAUGGUUUCUCAGCGUA